AUGAUCCACAUGAUGGAAUCGAGUGGGCAUAGGGUAGCCCCAACAAACAAUCUAUUGAAAAAAGUAGAUUAUAAACCUAAUGAAAGUGUCAAUGAGCGAUCAAAUGGUGGCGGUGGUGGUGGAGGAACUCAUAUUGCUGCAACUGUAAAAAAUACAGUUCGAAGAUUGUUGCGUCGAACUAAAAGCCAUCGAGAUACCCCUUCUGUCUAUCCUGCUUCAAUAACAGCGAAUGGUACUACUACGGUUGUAACAACAAAAGCAACUACUCCAAUUAUACCAGCAAUACCAAAUGUUCCUCCAGUUACAAAUUCAAAAGGAACAGCAGUAAUUAAAAAUAACGUUAAUCCAAAUGAUGGAUCUGUCCAAAGAAAAUCUCAACCGCCACCACCGGCACCCUCAUCUCAAUAUCGAGAGUCUGGUAAUCGAACAAGUACGGGUGGAAGCAAACGAUAUUCAAGAACCCGGUCUAAAUUGAAGCUUUGUUGGCGCACUAUUUUACCUUGUAUGGAGAAUAGAUCGGAACAAUGA